AUGAGGUUCUACGCAAAGGUUUCCAAGAAAGCUAACAAAUAUCAAUUGUUCCAAAUUAUGGCUUUUUCACGGGCUGUUGGCCAAUUUUCUUUGAAAUCCAACCCUGUAAAGAUCUGCUUCCUAGCAUCGUCAAGAUCAAGCUCAUGGUGGUCACAAGUAGAGCUUGGUCCCCCAGAUGCCAUUCUUGGAAUAACAGAAGCUUUCAAAAAAGAUACAAACCCCCAAAAAAUCAAUCUUGGUGUUGGAGCUUAUAGAGAUGAUUCAGGAAAACCUUAUGUUCUGCCUUCAGUGAGAAAGGCUGAAGAGUCAAUGGUAGCUAAAAAGCAAGACAAAGAAUAUGGUCCUAUUCAUGGCCUACCAGAAUUCACUGGGGCUGCUGCCAAACUAGCCUUUGGAGAAGAUAGUGAAGUAAUCAAAAAUAGCCUGAAUGCAUCUGCUCAAGCAAUCUCAGGUACUGGAGCUCUUAGGAUUGGAACAGCAUUUCUGAAAAACUUUUUCCCAGGAAGUAAGGAUGUCUGGUUACCAACACCAUCCUGGGGAAACCACACUCCAAUCCUUAAACACUCAGGACUGGGAGUGAAACAAUACUGUUACUAUGAUCCACAAACUUGUGGUUUUGACUUCAAAGGCUGUAUAGAAGAUAUCGCAAAAAUUCCAGAAAAUUCAGUGGUCAUGUUGCAUGCAUGUGCUCACAAUCCGACAGGAGUGGAUCCAAAGGAAGAGGAAUGGAAAGAGUUAUCAGAAGUCAUAAAGAAAGGCAAACUAUUUCCUUAUUUUGACAUGGCGUACCAAGGUUUUGCUAGUGGAGACACUGACAAAGAUGCAUGGGCUCUCAGAUACUUUAUAAAGGAAGGACAUAAAGUGCUGGUAGCUCAGUCAUUUGCCAAGAACAUGGGUCUCUAUGGUGAGAGAGUUGGCAUGAUUACAGCCACUUGUGAAUCCAAAGAGGAGGCAGAGCGAGUCCUUUCCCAGAUCAAGAUUCUUAUCCGCCCUCUUUACUCCAACCCUCCAAUCCAUGGUGCUCGCAUAGCAGGUGCUGUCCUCAGUGACCCUGAACUGAGACCACAAUGGGAGGUUGAAGUUAAAGGGAUGGCAGACAGAAUAAUUUCCAUGAGACAAAAACUUGUAGACAACUUAAAGAAAGAAGGUUCAUCUCACAACUGGUCUCACAUAACAGAUCAGAUUGGAAUGUUUUGCUUCACAGGGCUUAAACCUGAUCAGGUUGAAAGACUCACAAAAGAAUUUUCAAUCUAUUUAACCAAGGACGGACGUAUAUCUAUUGCUGGUGUGACAUCCGGGAAUGUGGCAUACUUAGCUCAAGCAAUGCAUGAAGUAACAAAGUGAUGGACUCAAGAUGCUAAUUACCUUUUCUCUUUGCCUGAAAAUCUAAAAAAUGUGUGUAAAGUUGACAGGAUAAGCAACAUGGAAGUUCAGUAACCACUUAUUGCAGUCAAAACUGGUGACAAAACCCAAAACAUUUCAGCUCUUAUCAUUUUGGGUCAUUAUUUAUUGCCUUGGGAGGGAAGGGGAGGGGAGAGAAGGUGAUUGGAGGAUUUUGUUUGUUUUGUGCUAAAAUUUACCUGAUCCUCACAUGAGGCUCUGCGAGAUUCUUGACCCCCCUCCCUCAUUAGCAGUUAAUUUUCUCUAGUUCCCCCUUUACAUUCUGUGAUGACUGAUCCUAUGUUUCCCCUGAAAUGUAUGCAGACCCCCCCCCCCUGCAAAAAAAAUACCCUUCACCUCCCAAGCAAUAAAUAAUGACUGGUUGCUUAUAGUGCAUUGUGAGUAGUUUACAGACAUUUUUGGCAGUCUAAGUGUGUCUGUCAGAGAGCUUCCAGGGAUUAAAGCUGCAAUAUGACUAUGAAAACA